AUGCUCAACGUGUUCAGAAUUGCCGGAGACUUGUCGCAUUUGGCGAGUAUUUUCAUUUUGUUGCAAACCAUAAAAAAGACUCGUCAAGUUGAUGGGAUUUCGCUUAAGACCCAGUUUCUGUAUUUGUUGGUGUUUUGCACGCGGUAUUUGGACCUUUUGACCUUUCAUUGGCGUUCCAUUUAUAACACAGUCAUGAAAAUGGUUUUCAUUGGCUCUUCCGUCUACGUGGUUAACCUAAUGCAACAGUGUAAAAUUACAAACCCAGUUGGGUACAGGGACAUGCUUGUGCGCGACACAUUCCAAAUCAAGUAUUUGAUUGGAGCAAGUGCUUUACUGGCACUUUUCUUUCGCACCAAGUUUACCAUUUUGGAACUUUGCUGGACUUUCUCGAUUUGGCUUGAAAGUAUUGCCAUUCUACCUCAAUUGUUCAUGCUGUCGAAAUCAGGCAGAGCCGACACUUUGACUACACACUACAUUUUUGCAUUGGGGCUCUACAGGGCUUUGUAUAUUCCUAACUGGAUUUGGAGAUAUUACACGGAGGAAGGCAGAUUCGAUACCAACUCCGUCGUUGCGGGUAUAAUUCAAACUGCUCUUUACUCUGAUUUCUUCUACAUCUACUACAAGCGGGUGUUCAAGGGCAAGAACUUUAACUUACCUGUGUGA